ACAGACCUGUUUGAGAUGAUUGAAAAGAUGCAGGGAAGCAGGAUGGAUGAACAGCGAUGCUCCUUCCCACCACCCCUCAAAACGGAGGAGGACUACAUUCCCUACCCGAGCGUCCACGAGGUCCUGGGGCGAGAAGGGCCCUUCCCCCUCAUCCUGCUGCCCCAGUUUGGGGGCUACUGGAUUGAAGGCACCAAUCACGAAAUCACCAGCAUCCCGGAGAUGGAGCCGCUGCAGUCGCCCACGGCCAAGGUGAAGCUGGAAUGCAACCCCACCGCCCGCAUCUACCGCAAGCACUUUCUUGGCAAGGAGCAUUUUAAUUACUACUCACUGGACACCGCCCUGGGCCACCUUGUCUUCUCACUCAAGUACGAUGUCAUCGGGGACCAGGAACACCUGCGUCUGCUGCUCAGGACCAAGUGCCGGACGUACCAUGACGUCAUCCCCAUCUCCUGCCUCACUGAGUUCCCCAACGUGGUCCAGAUGGCAAAGCUGGUGUGCGAAGACGUGAAUGUGGAUCGAUUCUAUCCUGUGCUCUACCCCAAGGCCUCCCGCCUCAUUGUCACCUUCGACGAGCAUGUCAUCAGCAAUAACUUCAAGUUCGGAGUCAUUUAUCAGAAGCUUGGGCAGACCUCCGAGGAAGAACUCUUCAGCACCAACGAGGAGAGCCCCGCCUUCGUGGAGUUCCUCGAAUUCCUUGGCCAGAAGGUCAAACUGCAGGACUUUAAGGGGUUCCGAGGAGGCCUGGACGUGACCCACGGGCAGACGGGAACCGAGUCUGUGUACUGCAACUUCCGCAACAAGGAGAUCAUGUUUCACGUGUCCACCAAGCUGCCCUACACAGAAGGGGACGCCCAGCAGUUGCAGCGGAAGCGGCACAUCGGGAACGACAUCGUGGCUGUGGUCUUCCAGGACGAGAACACGCCCUUUGUGCCGGACAUGAUUGCGUCCAACUUUCUGCACGCCUACGUGGUGGUGCAGGCCGAGAGCGGGGGCCCCGAUGGCCCCCUGUACAAGGUCUCCGUCACCGCGAGAGACGACGUGCCCUUCUUUGGGCCACCCCUCCCGGACCCUGCUGUGUUCAGGAAGGGGCCUGAGUUCCAGGAAUUUUUGCUGACAAAACUGAUCAAUGCUGAAUAUGCUUGCUACAAGGCAGAGAAGUUUGCCAAACUGGAGGAGCGGACACGGGCCGCCCUCCUGGAGACGCUCUAUGAGGAACUGCACAUCCACAGCCAGUCCAUGAUGGGCCUGGGUGGAGACGAGGACAAGAUGGAGAACGGCGGCGGGGGCGGUGGCUUCUUCGAGUCCUUCAAGCGGGUCAUCCGGAGCCGCAGCCAGUCCAUGGAUGCCAUGGGGCUGAGCAACAAGAAGCCCAACACCGUGUCCACCAGCCACAGCGGGAGCUUUGCGCCCAACAACCCGGACCUGGCCAAGGCGGCUGGAAUAUCAUUGCUUAUUCCUGGGAAAAGUGCAAGUAGAUUCGGACGCCGGGGCAGUGCCAUAGGCAUAGGAACCGUGGAAGAGGUUGUCGUCCGCGGGGCCGCCGUCUCUGGAGGCUGCCUGCACGCGCUGUUCUCUGCUCGCUCUCAGGACGGAGGCCAUAUUGGGGACGUUGCCCCCCUCCCCCCGGGACAGGCCCGAGGGCUGGCAGGAUGGAGUGCCAGCAGCUCUGAUGGCACUCAGCACCUGCUUUGGGGCCUGUCACUGAUUGUCCCUGGAAAGAGCCCCACCAGGAAGAAGUCGGGCCCGUUCGGCUCACGCCGCAGCAGUGCCAUCGGCAUUGAGAACAUACAGGAGGUGCAGGAGAAAAGGGAGAGCCCCCCGGCUGGCCAGAAGACUCCAGACAGCGGGCACGUCUCACAGGAGCCCAAGUCGGAGAACUCAUCCACUCAGAGCUCCCCAGAGAUGCCCACGACCAAAAACAGAGCGGAGACAGCAGCUCAGAGAGCAGAAGUGCUGAAGGACCUCCCGCUCCUCGUCCAGUGCCAGCAGCUUCGCCAGCGUCGUGGAGGAAACAGAGGGUGUGGACGGGGACGAUACAGGCCUGGAGAGUGUCUCGUCCUCCGGGACGCCCCACAAGCGGGACUCCUUCAUCUAUAG